UCCCUUUCUCCUACCUCACCUCGUGCUCCUCGCCCCCACGCCCAACCCUAGCCGCUCCCAAAUAGAUUAACCCCACCGGCCUACGUAAUUUCUCGGUGCGCUAGGUCUAGAUCCGCCCCUUGCCCAGCGCAGCGGCUCUGCCUAUGAUUGAUUUCUGUUCCGAUUAGGGUUACUGGAUUAGCAGCUAUCGAUUGUGUUUUUGCAUGUUUGGCCGCAUGGACAGGAUUUUGGGGAAUAAGACGAGGAGAAUAAGCAGUGAGCUGCUUGCUUGAAAUCCUUUUCGAAUUAUUAUUGAACGUACUUUAUGGCAGCAUAAUGCACACACAACCAAUCUUGUUAGCCAAAUCUAGUGGGCGUAAAUCUGUUAGCUCCCCUAACGUAAUUUGCGAACUGCUGCUGUGCAGCUGUUGAUGUCUCUUUGUUGAAUCUUUUGGGGUAGGGAUUACCCGGGUGGUUGUACUGGAUUAGAAGAGGCGUUGAACAAUCAUGGGGUAGUCUGCUCUAAAUUAUGUGUGCUAAUCAAAAUAAGUCUCUUAGGUCAGAUGGAUAUCAGUAGCCUUGAUUAGAGCAGGGUGGUUCUACUGGAUUACAAGAGUUUGUGAACAAACAUGGAGUAGUUUGCUCUAGAUUGUGUGCGCAUCUAAUCAAAAGAAGUCUCUUCGGCCAGAUGUAUAUCAGUAGCUUUGCUUAGAGCAGCUGAGAUGUUUUACUGGAUUAGAAGAGUUUGUGAACAAACAUGGUUUAGUCUGCUCUAAAUUAUCUGUGCAUCUAUGACAUUCUGGUCGGUACUUUUUGUUUUGUUUUGGGUUGUCCUCUUCAAACAAAGAUUAAUGUUCUAAAACGGUGUGCAGCUUAGGUUUUUAAAUGGAUCGAAUAGUAUUCUUUUCGGGCGGAUAUAACAAGGCCUACUACCCCAGAAGGAGUGCCCUCGUGCAACAGGCAAAAAGUUGUUUCUUUUUGUGCUAUGUUGUUUGGUCUCUUUUGCAGUUGCAGGGGCAGAAACAAUAACAUUCUAGUGGGAGACACUUUCAUCUCUUUACUUCUGGCUUUAACUGUUUUGAACAGUGUGCAGAUAUAGGUUAAAACUGAUCAGUUUACUAGGAGCAAGACCUAGUCCCGAUGAUGCCUUGAAGUAGAUCACAAUUCUUUUGGUCUUGUUUCUAUUCAGAUUGUUCUCCUGAUAUUAACAAUUUUGAGUAAGUGUGCAGAUUAGGUUAAAAAGGAACUGGGAUUAGGGUUUUCUUACAAGAGCUUGAGCUUUAUAAUGUUGCAAUCACACAGUGAGCGUUACAGGGGUAAAUUCACAGGAAAUUGUACUUGUUGGUGAUAUUAAAAGAUGCAUAGUUCUUGCCAACCUGGUUUGGUUUAAUCCUAUAUGUUCCCUUCGCUAUUUUGUCUUCUGUAAUGCACUGAGCAGCUGAAGUGAAACCAUGGCGGAGCACUUGGCAUCAAUUUUUGGUACUGAGAAGGACAGGGUCAACUGCCCCUUUUACUUCAAGAUUGGAGCAUGCCGCCAUGGGGAUCGCUGCUCCCGUCUGCACAACAGGCCAACCACGUCGCCAACUAUUGUGCUUGCUAACAUGUACCAGCGCCCUGAUAUGAUCACCCCAGGAGUUGAUGCGCAAGGUCACACUAUUGAUCCUGAGAAGAUGCAGGAGCACUUUGAGGACUUCUAUGAGGAUAUCUAUGAAGAGCUGAGCAAGUUUGGUGAAGUUGAGACCCUGAAUGUGUGUGACAAUCUUGCUGAUCACAUGAUCGGGAAUGUCUAUGUCCAGUUCAGGGAGGAAGAACAGGCCGUCGCUGCUCACAAUGCCCUCCAAGGCCGCUUUUACUCUGGCCGCCCAAUUAUUGUUGAGUAUUCCCCUGUGACCGACUUCCGUGAAGCAACCUGUAGGCAGUUUGAGGAGAACAGCUGCAACCGUGGUGGCUACUGUAACUUCAUGCAUGUGAAGCAGAUUGGCAGAGAACUCCGGAGGAAGCUGUAUGGGGGACGUUCCCGGAGGAGCCACGGGAGAAGCCGCAGCCCAAGCCCGCAACACAGGAGGGACAAUCGUGACCGUGGUGGUGACUUCCGCCGUGAAGGUCGUGAUGGCUACCGUGGUGGCGGCGGUGAUGGUGGUUACCGUGGCGGUGAUGGUGGUGGCUACCGUGGCGGUGAUGGUGGUGGCUACCGUGGAGGGGGUGGUGGUGGACGGAGGGGUGGAGGUGGCAGGGGGUAUGACAGGUACGAUGAUGGAGGAAGACGCAGGCAUGGUGGCAGCCCACCAAGGCGUGGGAGGAGCCCUGUCAGGGAAAACAGUGAGGAGCGCAGGGCCAAGAUUGAGCAGUGGAACCGCGAUCGGGAGGAAAAGAAGUGAUCUCUGUUACUGUCAUCUUCGUUCAGUCGCUGCUAUACUAUGUUGCUUUUUUAGUCUGUUCCUUUAUUGCUGUGUAAGUCAUACAUUGGUGUGUUGGUCGAGUAAAACAUGAUUCUACUAUUCGUUUUGCUUCGUGUAAAGAGUCGAUUAUUUCUCAGUAUUUGUCGAUGGAUCUGUUAUAAUAUUAUUUUUGUAGUCGGUAUUCUACAGCUAUUGAUUUUAUCUGAA